AUGGAGACAUCUCGGCUCUCUACUAGUAUAUCACAGCAUGCCAUGGAUCGAUCUCGACGAGCCACCAGUGUCUUAUCGAUGGAUGACCUCGAGGCGGCGCAGGCCUUGGAGGGGCUACGCUCCGAUUUCGGACAAUCUCCUCGAACAUCACGACAAUCCCUCCCCGUCGCUUCGCCGGACCCACCAGCAGAGCCCCUCCUGUCGCUGCUCACAUCGUCUCACCCGCUCAUCUCCUCUGCCAUCAACGGCUCAGUCUCGGCCUAUGCCACAUCCAAAUCAUACUCGCCGCGAUUCAAGUCUGGCGCAGAGUUCAUCGAGCGCAAUAUUGGUUCACCUGUCGCAAAUACCGUCGGCACGGUAGGUCGUAAGACGGGUGUGGAGAGCGGUCUCCGGUGGGCGCUGCAGCGACGGGAUUCGACGAACGAGGAUUCCAAUCAAACCAACAAACGACGAAAGAUGGACGGAAAUGUAUCGCCGAGGACUGUGGAUGUCGAGAAGGGGGAUAUCCCGGGUCAGCCCACGCGGGCACGGAGUCCGUCUGAUCUUUCAAUGGCCGAGUCGCUACCUCCUUACGAUGAAAUGAAGUCGCCUCACUACGAAGAAAAGCCUGGGCGACGGGCUGAACCGACAUGGCAGAGCAGACUCGUCAUUUCCACUUCAGGCCUGGGAGUCGCCAUGAGCGAUGAAUCGCUACGAAGCUUGCAAUACUGCCUUACUUGGCUUCGAUGGGCUAAUGGGCGACUGGGAAAAUCCAUUGUAGCCCUCCACGGUGCUGUGACCGAGUGGGAAAAUCAAAAGGCUCGACAGCAGAGCAUGUCGCAAGCGGAUGUGGAGGCGGGAGAUAGUCGCCAAGAGAAUGCGUCACUUCUCAUUCAGCGCAUCCAGGCCGUCAAAGCAGACGUCCUCUCAACCUUGAAACAGGUUGUGGAUGUUGUCUCGAAAUACGCAGGAGGUGCGCUGCCAGAGAAUGCUCGUCACCUGGUGCGCCGCCACUUGACCUCUCUCCCUCACCGUUUCCAGGUGGCAUCUACAUCCCACCCACCUCCAGACUCGCCCGCUGCCUCGUCCGAUGCCACAAUCAGUGCACACCGGAUCUUGGUUCUGGCACAAGAGGGAUUGGACAUGAUGGCUCAGGUCAGCGGUGUGGUCAACGACACAUUGGUCAGUGCUGAGCACUGGUGUGAACGACUGGGCCGGAAACGACCUCAGAGCGGAACUUCCACCGGUGUCUCAGAGAAGCAGGGUGAGUCGGCUCCCGACACCCAGUCCUAUGAAAUAGACGCGAAACCGCCUAUUCCCCCGGAAAACGCCAUCCAGGAUGACGUCCCGAUGUCCGGGGUGGAGAAGACCUGA